UUGAACUUCACCGGGCAUUGGAGUCGGACUGUGACACCAUCCACACCACCGCAACUUGUAACUAGAACAUCUUUAGCAACUGCUGCUUUGGGGAUAAACCGAACUGAUACCACACAACAGCAUCACCAUGGCCCGCUUGUCUGGCCUGCAAAAGGAGGUCCUCAGACUCUACCGCAAGUGUCUGCGCGAGUGCCGCAAAAAGCCGGAAGCCACCCGGGCUCACUUCAAGGCCUUUGCUAGAACCGAGUUCGAAAAGAACAUCAAGGUCGACAAGAGAGACUUCUCCGCCAUCGAGUUCCUCCUGCGCAAGGGGUCGCGCCAGCUGGAAAUGUACGCUUCGCCCGGAGUCAAGGAUAUCAGAUAGCAACCGACCGAGGGAAGCUUCCUUCACUUUGUCAACCGUCAUCAUCAUCAUCACUCCUUCUCCUACCGCUGGCGGCACUUUAUAUUUAAUCCAACCUGCUUCUUUCUUUCCGUCCCCUC